AUGGCGACACCGGCGUACGAGGCGCACGCCGUCACGCUCCUGCUGCUGGCAGCGACGACACUGGCCGCCACAGUGCCCUCGCAGCAGGCGGACGCCCUUCUGGCACGGAAGGCCAGCCUAGGUGACCCGGCCGCGCUGUCCAGCUGGGACAAGGCUGCGACGCAAGUGAUCUGCUCCUCCUGGCGCGGCGUGGGCUGCGACUACCUCACCAACCCGCCGGGCUACCGCGGGUUCUCGCCCAUGCCCACCGUCAAGUUCAUGUCGCUCUACCUCAACUACCUCAACGGCAGCUUUCCCAAGUUUGUCCUCAACAGCGGCAACAUCACAUACCUCGACCUGUCACAGAACACCAUAUCCGGCACCAUACCAGAGUCGCUCCCGGUAAAGCUCCCCAACCUCAUGUACCUCAACUUGUCCAUGAACCAGCUCUCAGGUGGCCUGCCACCGGAGUUGGCCGGGUUGCGCAAAAUGCGGGAGUUUAGCGUAUCAUCCAACAGAAUCGCUGGUCAGAUCCCACCAGCUUUGUUCACGGACUGGCCAGAGCUCACAUCAUUCCAACUGCAGAACAACUUGAUUUCAGGGAAUAUUCCGCCGGAGAUCGGCAAGGCAACCAAGCUGGAAUUCUUGUAUCUCUUCAUCAACAACCUUACCGGCUCUAUCCCGGCAGAGCUCGGCGAGCUGGUGAACCUGCGUGAGCUAGAUUUGUCGGUGAACUAUCUGACGGGGCCGAUCCCCAGCUCCUUCGGUAACCUCACCCAGCUCACGAGGCUAGCGCUCUUCUUCAACGCGCUCACCGGCACGAUCCCGCAGGAAAUUGGCAGCAUGGCGGCCUUGCAAGUCUUGGAAGUCAACACCAACCAGUUGGAAGGCAAGUUGCCCGCCAACAUCACAUCGCUCAGGAAUCUCUCCUACCUUGCUCUGUUCGACAACUACUUCAGCGGCACCAUACCGCCAGACCUCGGGAAGGGGCUGAGCUUGACAGAUGUGAGCUUCGCGAAUAACAGCUUCUCUGGCGAGCUGCCGCAGAGACUAUGCGAUGGCCUCUCACUGCAGACCUUCACGACGAGCAAUAACAACUUCAGUGGCAUGCUGCCACCGUGCCUCAAGAACUGCACGGAGUUGUUCCGGGUGCGGCUGGAUGGUAACCACUUCACAGGCGACAUCUCAAAGGUGUUCGGUGUCCACCCCAGCUUGGACUACCUGGAUAUCUCGUGGAACCAGCUGACGGGGAAGCUGUCGUCUGACUGGUCACGGUGCAAUAAUCUUACACUCUUAUCCAUGAGCGACAACCGAAUAUCUGGCAAUAUUGAUGCAACCUUCUGUGGGUUGACAUCUCUCCAGUCUCUGGAUCUAUCAAAUAACCAAUUCACUGGGGCGCUCCCAAGUUGCUGGUGGAAAUUGAAACUUCUGUCUUCUAUGGAUGUGUCCAACAAUAGUUUUUCGGGUGAAUUUCCUGUAUCGACGAGUUUGGACCUUCCUUUCCGGUUCCUUAAUCUUGCUCACAAUGACUUUCAUGGAGUCUUUCCAUCCGUAAUUGAAACCUGCAGAACGCUCAUGAGCUUAGAUCUUGGGAACAACAGGUUCUUUGGUGAUAUCCCCUCUUGGUUUGGAAUAAUAGUCCCUUCUCUGAUAUUUCUGAGCCUCACAUCCAACAAUUUUAGUGGUGUCCUUCCACCCGAAUUAUCGCAACUUCCUAACCUGGAGUUCCUGGACUUGUCCAGCAACUCCUUCUCGGGUGAAAUCCCCAUCCUCAUGACAAACCACAACUGCUCUCUCAUGUCAUUUCAUCUUGCUAGCAAUGGCUUCACGGGAGCCUUCCCGCAGUUCCUAGAAGGUUGCGACUCGCUGGUCACCCUAGACAUCAGUAACAACCGGUUCUUUGGUGGUAUCCCUGCAUGGAUCGGCAGCCAGGUUCCAUCCUUGAGGAUCCUUAGCCUCAAAUCAAACAAUUUCACCGGAGAAAUCCCCUCGAAGCUGUCCCAGCUUUCACUACUUCAACUGCUUGACAUGGCCAACAAUGGCUUGACUGGAUCAAUUCCCGUGGCCUUCAGCAAUUUGACCACCAUGAAGAAUGAUCUUCCCCCAUUGGUCCAAGCAAGACAACUUUCUGGUUUUCCUUCGAGGGCCAUGCCCAGUAAACAGAAUGAGUUCCCAAACAAAGUUAACAUAUCCUGGAAAGGCCGUGAACAAACUUUUUUGGAGACCAUUGGGUCAAUUAGAGGUAUUGACGUAUCAUGCAAUCAACUUACUGGAGACAUCCCUGAGGAGAUAACGUACCUUCAAGGUCUCCGGUUUCUGAACCUAUCCAGAAAUAAUCUAUCUGGCAGUAUUCCAAAGAAAAUUGGCAGUCUCGUGCUCCUGGAAUUCCUUGACCUCUCAUGCAAUGAACUUUCAGGUGCCAUUCCUCCCAGCAUUUCAAAUCUUCUAUCUCUCGGCGUGUUAAACCUUUCGAACAAUCGCUUACAAGGCAGCAUACCCACUGGGAAUCAGCUACAGACACUUGUAGAUCCAUCAAUUUAUGGCAACAAUCCAGGGCUCUGCGGCUUCCCAUUGAGCGUGUGUGAGCAUACAACCGAAGGCCAUGAAGAUCUCCGAGAUACUACCUGGCUGUGUUGCUCUGUAAUUCUUGGCGUUGCUUUCGGUUUUUGGCUCUGGUUCGGAGCUCUGUUUUUCGUCCAGCCAUGGAGGUUUUCUUUUCUCCGUCUUGUUGAUCGCUUAGGCAUUAGGAUAGUGCAUAAGAUGGCGCAUGCUUAAUGCAUAUUGUCAAAUGUAAAUCAGCAGUGA